GUCAGCUGGGAUCCUGCAGCAGGACACGCCUCUGGCUGAAUGGAGCGCGCCGUGCGUAAAGUCCGACCUCAGCGGAUACUCAUUUUUUUAAACUUAAUUUCACUUUUUCUGCUAAGUUGUUAAUCGACAUACUCGUCCGUUCUCUGUCGAGUAAAUGCAGCGAUGACGCGAGAGGAGGAUCUCAUCAGGAUAGCCAAAAAACUGGACAAGAUGGUGUCUAGAAAUAACACGGAAGGAGCCAUUGACUUGCUGAGGGAACUGAAAGCUUUCAAUAUGUCACUUAAACUCCUCCAGGAAACAAGGAUUGGCAUGUCUGUCAACGGCAUCAGAAAGCACUGCACAGAUGAGGAAGUCAUUGCUUUGGCAAAGGUCCUCAUUAAAGACUGGAAAAGACUUCUGGACUCGGGCCCCUCUCAGGAUGAGAAACCAGCAGACAUGAAGAACGGUUUGGACUCCAGCAAGACAGUGACGUCUCCUCACAGCUCCCCCUCUGACACACACAGCAGUCACAGAAACCUGGAUGUCAAACCAAAACAGGAUGCAGAUCCUGACAAAAGACACCCUGAUAUAGACAGAAAAGAAAAACACAAUGAUGAACACAAGAACAAAGAGAGACACAGUGAUGACCCUGGCCACGAGAAGCCCCCGCUGGAGCACCAAAAUGAGAAAAAUUCCCAAGAAAUCAGAGAGAGAGGAAGAGAGAAGCAUUUAGAAGAACUCCAAAAGCACAGAACCGUAGAAAACCACAAAGUAGACAUGGAUAACAAGAAACAAAAGCAUGUUCAGGACCUACAAAAUGAGAAACACAAGCCAGAACCAAGUCGGGAAAGGCCUUUUGAAGAACCAAAGAAGAUGCGACUCAUGGACGAAGUGAAAAAGGAAAAACACCAAGAGGAGUUGAAGAAGCACAGCUACUCAUAUGACACGAAGAGAGAGAAACACAGAGAGGACAGCAGGCAUGAGAGGCCAAUUAACACCCUGCAUCGAGAGAGGCCGCCAUGUGAGAAGCCUGCAGAUGUUCAUAAACCAUUAUUUGAAAGGAAGGACUCAUCAGACAGCAAAGUGCCAAAAAAACACUCAGAUGAAGCCAAGACAGAAAGGAAAGAUUCAUGUGACUCUAAACCGAUGCCUCCGAAAAAGCCCAGUACGGAAGUCAGAAAAGAAAAACAAAGGAAAGACUCAUGCGACUCGAAGCCUGGCCAGCCGGUGAAACGUCAGUCCUCUGACUCCAAACCUGACAGGCGGGAAUCUACUGAUUCAAAGAAAAGCAGCUCACCACCAGCAAAGAAGCUAACUACUGAAAGGAGAGAGUCUCAGGGAUCCAAGACCUCCCAGCCCGUACCCCCACAGAGGAAACCCUCUACCGACAGUGUUGAAAGAAAGAGCAAGAUGGAUACCCCUAAGUCUCCCACCACCCCGACCAGCCCAAUGUCACCCAGCUUCAGUUCUGCUGGGGGUCCGCUGUCCCCUCACCUCUCUACCGGAGAAACCAUCAGAGACAAGUGUAUUGAGCUGUUGUCAGCUGCUCUGCGCACCGACAACUACUACAAAGACUAUGGAACCAACUGUGACAGCAUGGCUGCAGAGAUUGAAGAUCAUAUCUAUCAGGAGAUCAAGGCCACUGACAUGAAAUAUAAAAACAGAGUCCGCAGUCGCAUCAGCAACUUAAAGGACCCAAAGAACCCGGGCCUUCGCAGAAACGUUCUUGCAGGAAGCAUUGAACUGAGCCGCAUUGCCUCCAUGACUACUGAGGAGAUGGCCAGUGACGAGCUGAAACAGCUGAGGAACGUUCUCACUCAGGAAGCUAUCAGAGAACACCAAAUGGCUAAAACAGGAGGCACCUCCACCGACCUGCUGCAGUGCGACAAGUGCAAGAAGAAGAACUGCACCUACAACCAGGUGCAGACACGCAGUGCUGAUGAGCCGAUGACCACAUUUGUUUUGUGUAAUGAGUGUGGUAACCGCUGGAAGUUCUGCUGAUGCCCUCCAGGUGGAACCAGGUUUUAUUUUUCUGAGCAUAUUGAGCUGCUUUUUUUCUAUUUUUUGAUGGGGAGGGGGGGUUAUAAAUUAUUGCAGCUUGUGAUAAAAGUGAUGAAGAGACAAAGAGAUCAAAGUGUUCUUACAAUUUUUACUUAUAUUUUUCAGAUUUAUAAGCAUGUGCUAACAAUCAGGGUUUGCUGUAUUCUGAAUGAAUUGAAGACUGAGCAUGAAUUUCAGUUUGAUGACCGUUGCAAUAACGAAUUAUGAUCAUGGUGCUGCCAAUUUUCAAACACAACCCAGUAAUCACCUGGACGAAUAUCAUCACAGCUGUUCACUCUGUAUAUAUCAAACUUCAAUAAAGCUGCUUUCAUCUUCAGCAUGACAGCUCGUUAAACUCAUGUUGAUGAAGAAAUGUAGUCAGUCUUC